CUGUACAUGGACAUGAAUGGAAGCAAAGUUGAUGAAUAGAGUUAAACUAUCAAUAUCCCUCUGAAUUAGCAAAUUAUCGGAACUCGAGUUUGUUUGUGUAAAUAGAUUUGUUUGUUGAUAGAUGGCUUUUCUUUUCUUAUUUACACUAUCGUGCCACUCAUUAUUUACUUAAAUGAAGAAAUUGCUAAUUAAUUCUAAAAUCUGUAUCCACUUCAAAUAGAAGAGCAGUCAAAUUUAUUUGGGCUUCUCAGUUUAUAACUACAUCGGGCCUAUUAUUAGCUGCGGCCCACAUUAUUCGAAUAUACGUAAAAGCUUGGCCUCAUAUCUAGGGUUUAGAAUCCCUCUCAUCAGCUGCUGCAGUUUCUUCAUCACCCUAUCUCUCUUCCACCACCGAAUUAGCUCAGCAGUCAUGAUUAUUUCGGAGAAGAACAGGAGAGAGAUCUCCAAGUACCUCUUUCAAGAGGGCGUGUGCUAUGCGAAGAAGGAUUUCAACCUAGCUAAGCACCCCGAGAUCGAUGUCCCAAAUCUGCAGGUGAUUAAGCUUAUGCAGAGCUUCAAGUCGAAAGAGUACGUGCGUGAGACCUUUGCUUGGAUGCACUACUAUUGGUAUCUGACAAAUGAUGGAAUUGAAUUCCUCCGCACAUACCUCAACCUUCCAUCAGAGAUCGUCCCCGCCACACUCAAGAAGUCGGCCAAGCCCCUCGGCCGACCCAUGGGUGGCCCCCCUGGCGAUCGCCCUCGUGGACCUCCAAGAUUUGAUGGUGACAGGCCCCGUUUUGGUGAUCGGGAUGGAUACCGUGGUGGACCAAGAGGACCACCUGGUGAAUUUGGUGGGGAAAAAGGUGGAGCUCCGGCUGACUUCCAACCUUCAUUCAGGGGUGGUAAUGGGGGCGGUCGUCCUGGUUUUGGCCGAGGUGCGGGUGGCUUUGGUGGAUCACCUUCAACCUAAACUUCUCUUGUUGUCUAUUGCGUAGUUUUUUUAUUAGAUUUUGCGAGUUGGAAUUAUGUCAAACUAGAACUUCUAUUUUGCAUGAGAAAUUGUUCUAUUUUUUCGGGUAUCAUAUAUCUUGGUUUGCGUUA